UAAAUGACAGGUUUUAGACUUUGAAGAAAUCAAAGCUGUCUGACCUGGGUUACAGUCUUGGACGUUCUUCUUUGCGCAGCUCAUAUUGACUUCUUUACCUCCACAUCAGCUGCAGAUGUCUCGACUAUGAACAGCACAGAGGACAACCAGAAUGAGGAACAUCCAGAGGCUGAGGAAUCCACCAUGAUCGACAUCGAUAAAAGAGACCCCAACAACACGCACAGAUACGUAAUCAAGAUGGAGUUUGAAGAUGUGAUUGCAGAGCCCUCUGGGGUACACAGCUGGGAACCAGUUUGGAAAUUCAGCUACAAAACCUACUCAGGGUCAAAGAAGUACAGCUACUACACCCUGUCUACCAUCCUUGGGGUUCCUCUCUCGCUGCUCUGGGGCGUGUUGUUUGCCAGUGUGUCCUUCAUCCAUAUCUGGACUAUUAUGCCCUGCAUUAAAUGCUGUGAGCUCCAGUGUCAGUGUCUGAAACAGCUGUCCUUAAUGUGGAGCCGCAUCUUUCCAUGUGUUAAGAGUUGUGCAGAUAUGAUCACCAGCCUGAAAGCAGCUUGGAAUAAGAAUCAGUGAAUCAAGUUCAUUUGCUUUAGUUUUUGAUCCUCUGGGUUUCUGGGUGAAUUUGGAUAUCUGAUUCUAAAAAGAUCAAAGGAAAAUCACCUAAUUUUUCCAACUGUUUCCCUCCUCAUGUAAGUUGAAGGCGCUGGAUAUUUUACAGUUUAAAACUAUCUGAUCAAUCAUUUCUGUUGUUUCAUUCAGUAUUGUCUCAGGCAAACAUGAAAUAAAAGUUUUAAUUCCAAAAUAUUUUUGAACAAUCUUAAGGUCUUCAU